AUGUCCUAUCGCAUCGCAGUAUCUUCCUCCGGUAAAGGCCGCAGAUUUAGUCCAGACAGAAAUGUCUGCAGCUUCGAUCCAGAGACACAAGAUGCCAUCGGACUACAGCAGGGAAGGAAUUAUUUGGAGCGGAAAUUAAGUCGUCCGGAUAGUGGAGAGGAUGCCUUCUUCGUGAGCAAGAUCGACCACCAUCCGAACGCGUUUGCAUUCGGCGUCGCCGAUGGAGUAGGCGGUUGGACGCAAUCUGGGGUUGACCCGGCGGAUUUCUCGCACUCAUUUUGCAGUUAUCUGGCGGAGUGCGCAUUGAAAUGGGAUGCAUCGGCUCACGAAUUGCGCGCAAGAGCCUUAAUGCAAAUGGGAUAUGAACGGACGUUGGCUGACAGGACGAUAUUUGCGGGCAGCAGCACCGCGUGCAUCGGUGUCGCCUGCGAAGAUGGAACCGUCCAACUGGCAAAUCUCGGGGAUUCCGGCUCGGUACUGUUCCGCCUGGCUGCCGUUCAUCACUACUCCACCCCACAAACCCACGAUUUCAACACUCCUUACCAGCUCUCCGUAAUGCCGCCCUUAAUACGGAUGCAAUCGGCUAUAUUUGGUGGUAGGCAGUACGAAGAUCUUCCCCAAGACGCCAACGUGACCAACUACCGCCUCCAGCACGGCGAUGUGCUUUUACUAGCAACUGACGGAGUCUACGAUAACCUGAACAAUCAGGAUAUUCUUACCCUAGUUACAGGACGGAUGAUGGCGACUGGGGCGUGGAAUGGGACUGCAGACAUGGGUAUCGGGGUCUCUGAUGGACUAAAUGCUCUCACCCAACCUGCUGGACUCUCAUCCCCCUUCUCAUCUCUAAAAUCCCGUCCACAUUCGCAUCGCUCUCCCAUUGACGCGCACACACGCAACCACACACUCCAAGCUCUCCUCGCAGUAACCAUUGCUGGAGAAGCGAAGAUCGCUAGCAUGGAUUUCCGACGCGAUGGGCCAUUUGCCAAGGAGUCACAGAGAUAUCGACCUUGGGAUCAUUGGCGAGGGGGAAAACCAGAUGAUAUCUGUGUGAUCGUUGUGAUUGCUGUUGAAGAAGGAAGGGAUGUUGUGGAUUAGUUC